AUGCCAGCAACUGAAGGCACGAAUGUUGCGGACACGGCCGCUGCAAACAAGCCAAAGCGAGUACGGACGGGAUGCUUGACUUGCAGAGAGCGUCACUUGAAGUGUGAUGAGGGUCUUCCCAGCUGUCAGAACUGCCGCAAGUCAAGUCGGGUAUGCAAGAGGGGUGUACGGUUGAACUUCAUCGAUACGACAGUCAGAUCGCCUCCAACAAUCCCCCCCACCGAGACUUGGAAAGUGAAGUUUCAGGAUGAGUCCCGCGAGAUUGCAUCAGAAUACAAGGGCGGCCUUGGCCGCUAUUCUCAGCUCGACCAGACCAUAACGCCUCCUCAGGAGCAAACCCUCGAAUUUUCCUCCCGAUCUACGAUCCUCGAUCCUCUAAUACGUGCAGAGAAUAAUGCUCUUCCUCCAAUACAUCCCUCUAGCCGCUAUCCCGAUGGCAGCUUCUCAGCCAAGCAAGAGCAAUCUCAUUCAAGGCGCCCCAGCAGUCAUUAUCCUCUUACAGGCCAUGAUGGGUCUUUCCUCGCUCCUCCAAUAUCGCACAGCAAUCCCGAUCAGAUCUUAACACCGCCCCAUGAGGCACGGGAUUAUUUGAACUCUCCAGAAGAGGUGCUAUUGAUGCAAGUAUUUGUGGAGGAAGUUGGCUUGUGGAUGGACAGCAUGGACCCCAUGAAGCAUUUCUCGAGGCUAUUGCCAUUCCACUCACUGGGGGAGCCAAUGCUGCUGAACGCAUUUCUAGCAUGUGGGGCUCGACAUCUGACACUUGUAAACCCCAUGUAUCACGAGGACAAAGCUCUAUAUUACUAUGAUACAGCUACUACCCAGCUUUUACGGUCCUUGCAGAAUCCUGACCGAGACACAGUAGUCUGUGCGACGACGGCGGUCAUCCUAAACGUUUACGAGAUCAUGUCGGAGCGAGUAACACAACGGAUGAACCAUAUUGCUGGUGCCAGAGCCCUGAUCAAGGAGUGUGGAUGGAACGCAACAAGCACGGGAGUCGGUGCUGCAUGCUUUUGGCUGAAUGUUGGUAUGGAACUCUUAAGCUGUUUGCAUUUCAAUUGGCAGGUAGCUUGGGAACCAGAUCAAUGGGGUGUUGACAUGGACUUCCAACGCGAGACUGAGCCAGGGCGAGAAGAACUUUGGGCACACCGGAUGCUCUACAUUGUGGCAAAGAUUGCGAAUUUUCGGGCUUCGAUACCACGAUUCAAGGAGGCAUCACCACAUGACGAGCAGGUUCGAUUGGAAGCCAGAUUCGCCGAAUGGCAGAGAUUGAAAACAUUGUGUGACAAUUGGAAUGCCAGCAUACCCAGGAAUAUGCAUCCGAUAGGUUAUCUAUACCCCUCGCAAACCAGCUCGAAAUCUACGUUUCCGGAAGUUUGGCUCAUUAAACGAGCUACAAUCGUAGGUCGGUUGUUUUACCACACGGCGAUGUGCCUCUUGCCUCAAAUCAACCCUAUCAUGUCUAAAGAUAGUGAAGAGAUGCGCCAGAUGCAGCUGAGCCACGCCCACCAAAUCUGCGGUAUUACCGCACAUGUAAAGGAUAGGGGCGUUGCUAGUGUGGCAAUACGUUCUCUUGCCAUUGCGGCCGAAUGUCUUGUCGUACGUCGGGAGCAAGAAGAGGUCCUUGAAAUAUUCGAGAAGAUCCGUAAAGAGACGGGGUGGAAAGUUAGUUUCUUGAGUAACGAAUUGAAGGUCAAAUGGGGUUGGCAAAACGAAAAUUCGACGCAACAGCAGCAGAUGGCAGCGCAGCAGAACUCCUUGCAGUUCUUUCAGGCGACCAGCAUGCCACCCGCUCAGUCUCAACCUCAGCCCAGAUCGACAUCAAGUGGAAUCUCCAAUCCGCUUCUAAAGACUGCCGACUUUUCGCUGCCAAACCACCCAUACCAACAAUACUAUCAACCACCUAAUCAACAUCAUCAACAUAAUCAAUUUGCGCACCCUUAUUUGUGA